AUGACCUCCUCCUCCGCCGCCUCCUCCUCCCACCUCCAUAUUACCAUCACCAACGCCUCCUCCACCAUCACCACCAACACCAACGCCACCAAAUCGCAGUCGCAGUCGCAGCACCACCACUCCAGCAGCGUCUCCCCCCGCAGCGGUGGCUCCGGCGGUGGGGGUGGGGGUGGCACGACCAACCAGGCCUGCGCGGCGUGCAAGUACCAGCGGCGCAAGUGCAACCCCGACUGCCCCCUCGCGCCCUACUUCCCCGCCGACCAGCAGCGCCGGUUCCUCAACGCGCACCGCCUCUUCGGCGUCAGCAACAUCCUCAAGACGCUGCGCCGCCUCAAGCCGGAGCUCUGCGACGCGGCCAUGCAGACGCUCAUUUACCAGGCGGAGAUGCGCGCCAUGGACCCCGUCGGAGGCUGCUGCAGCAUGAUCAUCGACCUCGAGCACACCAGCGAGCUUCUGUCGGCCGAGCUCGCCGCCCUGCAACAGCACCUCGACAUGUGCCGCCAGGCCGCAUCUGGCGUGGCCGGCGGGGACGUCAUGGACGGCCCGUGCGCUGACCUCGAGGUCACCUCCUCGAACCACCAGCAGGAGCAGCUGCUCCUCCACGCCGACCAAGAUCAGGUCGUCGACGCGCUCUACGUCGCCGAAGAAGGCGCCGACCCCGUGAUGCAAAAUGGCGCCGAUCACGACGACAGCCGGCAACCGCAAUAUCACGGUGGACAGCAGCAGCAACAACAACAGCAGCUGUACGACUAUUUCUACUACGAGGCAACCGGCGCCGGCAGCGAUGAAGCCGGGAGAAAGCCCAGUGGCAGCGGCGUCGACAUUAACGUCGACGUCAUGCAGCAUUUCGAUUACGACUCCAGCUGUGAUCGGACUGGAGCCGAUGAUCAACUGGAGCCGAUGAUCUCGUCGAGCCUCGAAGAGCACUACCAGAUCGGACAGAAGGAGUACGAGAUGAAGGUGGCGUCAUUCGUCGAUGUGUUGGACGUCAGGCCGGAGCUGCAGGCGGUGGACGGGAAAGCCGACAUCGGCAUCAAGGAGGAGCUUCAGGAGGAGGAUCCCAAGAAUAACGAUGACGACAUCGCACUACGCAAAGCAGCACACAUGGCUGAGUCGUCACAUUGCAGGCUAGGGUUAGGCUUUUAA